AUGGAAGUAGUGAAUGAUCGGCAUACACUGUGUGGGGAAGCAAUUUUAGAGGGAUCAAAGAAGAUGAUGUACAAUGGUUCUGAAAGUUCAGAUUCAAGCGUUGAAGGGUUGGGAGCCAUUGAUCUUGAUGAUUCAGAGGCACCGAUGGUUGGAAUGUUAUUUCAAGACUUGGAUGAGGUGUUUGGAUAUUACAAGAGAUAUGGUCAAAGGAAGGGAUUUUCUGUGAAGCGCAUGACUGUUAACAAGGAUAAGGAUGGUAUGAUUAAAUAUGUUACAUUUACUUGUGGUAGAUCAGACAAGUGUAUUUCAAAGUCAGAGAAUUUUGUGAACCCUCGGUCAAAUGCCAAGAAUGAGUGUAAGGCUAGAAUGAGUGCGCGUAUAGCCAAAGACGGGAAGUGGGAGAUAAGCAAGUUUCUGGAUGUGCACAAUCAUGCAAUGAGCCCAACUCAAUCAAGGUAUUUUAGCUGCAAUCGCGACAUUAACACACAUGUUAAGCGACAACUUGAGAUUAAUGACAUUGCGGGGAUUCGUCCUAAUAAAAGUCACAAUGCUCAGGUGAUAGGGGCUGGAGGACAUGAGAAUUUGCAUUUUUUGGAACAGGAUACUCGUAAUUUGCUUGCAAAAGUAAGGCGUUUGAGGCUUGGUGAAGGAGAUGCAAAUGCAAUUCAAAGUUAUUUUAUGAAGAUGCAAUCGCAUAAUGAUGGGUUUUUUUCAUUGAUAGAUUGGGAUGACAAUGGCAGACUUAAAAAUGUUUUCUGGGCUGAUCCAAGGAGUAGGGCAGCAUGUAGGGAAUUUGGGGAUGUUAUCACCUUCGACACGACAUAUCUUACGAAUAAGUAUGAUAUGCCAUUUGCACCGUUUGUUGGUGUCAAUCACCAUGGGCAGUCAAUAUUGCUUGGGUGCGGGCUGAUUUCCAAUGAAGAUACUGACACUUUUAUUUGGCUAUUUAGUGCUUGGCUUGCGUGCAUGCAUAAUGUUCAUCCAGUCGGUAUCAUAACUGACCAAGAUAGGGUAAUGAAGAAUGCUAUUGCCAUAGUCUUCCCUGAAACUAGGCAUAGAUUGUGUUUGUGGCACAUUUUGAAGAAAGUGCCUGAGAAGUUGGGAUCAUACAAUGAGUAUGAACAAACAACAUAUGCAUUGGGGGAAGCGGUAUAUGAAUCACAGAGCACAAUGAAGUUUGAAGGGAGCUGGAAUAUGAUGAUUGAAAAUUUUAAUUUACAAGGUAACUCUUGGUUGGGAACAAUGUAUGCAGAGAGGGAAAUGUGGGUUCCAAUUUAUGUAAAAAUUUCUUUUGGGCUGUUUGUGGAGCAGUAUAACAAUGCAUUGAGGAACAAAGCUGAGAAGGAAAGUGUAGCAGAUUUCAAUUCAUACCACAAGCAUCUAAAUUGUGCCACAUCAUAUUUAAUGGAGAAACAGAUGCUAGACUUGUAUACUGAGUCUAAGUUUAAGGAGUUCCAGAAGGAGUUGACUGGUUUACUUUAUUGCAUGAUAAAAUCUGUGAUGAGGAAUGAAAUGUUUGAGUUCAGAGGCAUAUUGUGUAGGCAUGCGUUGACUGUGUUAAUUCGUAAUGGUGAAGAAAAAAUUCCACCUCAUUACAUUUUUCGACGAUGGCGUAAAGAUAUCAGGAGAUAUCAUACUCGGGUUAAAGUCCAUUAUGAAGGCAUGAAAAUCACAGACGAUCAACAACGAUAUGAUGAGAUGUGUAGUCUAUUCACUAAAUUGGCGGAUUUGGCUGCAGAUAAUGUUGACAACUAUAAUUAUGUAACUCAUUGGGUUGAAGAUGCCACGAAGAAGAUGAAUGUAAGCCAUGUGGUUGGGUUUACACCAGGUAGUAGCUCUAAUGAUCCGAUUCCAAAGAGAGGGAAAGGACGUCCACCAUCUUUAAGGAAGAAAAAGAUAUUCAAGAAGAAGAGAUUGCAACCAGGGACACCAAUACAAUGCACAAAUGGGAAUUUGGACUCAAGUAACAUGGGAUGA